UGUAGAUCUCGCCCAACUGUUCAUUGCGUUCACAUCUUAAUUUCAUCAAAUUCGUAGCCUCCGUCGCCGGUCCAUCGGCGGGCUCUUCUUCUUCUGUUUUCGCCAUUUCGUUACUUGAUGCACUGAAAACUCGAAAGAGAGUUAUGGCAGCAGCGUCUUUUAAGUGGAUACUUCAACUACACAAGGACGUUCCCAGAGCCGCAAGAUUCUACUCAGAGGGCUUGGACUUUACUGUUCAUGUCUGCACUCUUCGUUGGGCGGAGCUUCAGUCGGGGCCUCUCAAACUCGCUCUCAUGCAAUCCAAUGACCAUAUUCUGCAACAGAAAGGAUAUUCUUCGCUUCUAUCAUUCUCGGUGACAGAUAUUAACAGCACGGUAACCAAAUUAAUGGCAAUGGGAGCUGAACUAGAUGGUCCAAUAAAGUAUGAAAUACACGGAAAGGUUGCAUCCAUGCGAUGUAUUGACGGUCAUAUGUUGGGCCUUUAUGAACCAGCAUAAGAGCUCAGAAUUAACGUUCUUAAAUACUAGCAACAUAUGGAGGCAGCAGUGUGCUUAUGGUUCUUCAGCUCCACCAAAGGCAAGGAGAAGACAUGGGAUGUCACAUUUUCCUUCAGAUUUCCUUGAAUAAUUGAUAGAGUUUGUUUGUCCAGUGUGUAAAGUGUAGGGCCUGAAGACAUUAAGAAAAUGUUCAAUUGUAGGUUUAGAAGGACAAGGGAACUUAAAUCAUCUUGAUAUUUACCAGUCAUAUAGAUGGGAUACUUCUUGUUAUCCAAGUCUCCAAGAAUCGACAGGAAACCAUUUUUUGAUACUUUUGGCUGGACAUCUGCUCGUUUCUGCCUGCUUGUGGAGUUUUCGUCUUGUACCUGUGUUUCAAAACCUUAUCUUAUAUGAUCACUUUUUGGUCUGUUAUAUAUCUACUAAUUCAAAUUUCAAUGUCACAGAGAAGGUUCCAAGGAGAAAUUUUACUGCUAAAGAAUAUAACUUAGUUUCUAUGAGAAGGCCAGGCUUGUGCAAUUGCAUGCUGCCAUUGAUUUAUAGGUGGAUUUUCCUGAUAUCCUUACCUGGUUAAUCUGAAGAUGGGUAUACACAUUUGCAUGGAGAAAAUGGUGUAGCCCCAACCUCCUUGACUGAAAAUCUAAACCUUGAUGCUGUUUCUACAUUCACAAUUCUUCUUGUCUGAACAUCUUUCAGGUUGUAACUGUGCCCAACGGAUACUCUGCUGAGCGAAUUUUCUGUAAAGAGAAUUGAACCCAUUGUUUCAUAUUUCAAAAUUGCGCUCGUAAGCUAGAACAUUUAUAAUAGUAGACAUUGUUGCAGGGCAUUGCAAAUAUUGCAUUCUCAAGGCUUGUAGAUUCAAAGGGAUCCCGGGAGAUAUAAAGUUUCAUCCAAUUGCCUCUGCUGCAACCUCAUCAUUGGUUUGAGGCACUGAAUUCAAGAUUGAAUGGAUGACUAUGGUAUGAAAGCUUUACCUGUCCAUGAGUAUCAAAACCAAAAGCGCAGCUCGGAAGCUCUCCUGCGUAUGUAUAAGCAAGAAGGGAGAUAUCCCAAAAGCAAAAUAUCUAAAAAAAAAUCUCCCUUGGAUUUACACUAAUUUCUCUCUCGAUAAAUGUCCAAACCCAUCGCUGGCAGAUACUGUCUGCUUUGGCAACAUUACGUAUCAUUGCUAGCAAAUAUUGUCUGCUUUGGCGACAUUACGUAUCACCGUCAGCCUCACGGUUUUAAAACACGUCUGUUAGGGAGAGUGUUCCACACCCUUAUAAAGAAUGUUUCGUUCUCGUCUCCAACGGAUAUGGGAUCUCACACAAUCUCUCUCUCUCGGUUACUUGGCUUUGUUAUUGUUGAGAGAGCUUGGAUAAAGAGAGACUGUGACACUGGGGCUGGCUUGAGCAAAAGGAAGGAGCUGGUCACGAAGGACAAGGUCAUUCUCCAAUCUGUUCUUCAUUGUAUCAGAGAAAUGCAGAUUUGCAUGGACCAAUUUCAAACAUCUCCCUUACAAUUCCCUCCAUAUCCCAAAUUUUGUUAUUUCUCUGCUCUUUCUUUUUAUGGAGUUUUGGUGAUUCCGAAAGUGCGUAAUACAUAUUAGGGUCUUUUUGCAUUCU